AUUUUUUGGCCAUUUUGUUUUUUCUAUUGUAGAGCUCUUUCAAUGGCAUUUACCAGUGAGCAAAAUCGGCGAUACUGUGACUUGGGUCAGAGAAAUUUCGACCCACAAUGACCGGAGGAGGAAACAGGAAGGUAUCGGCGGCAUCUGUUAGCGGAGGAGUUCAUACGAGGAUGAAAUCAAAGCAGAGCAACUCUUUGCGGCUUUCCCUAGGAGUAUUCGGAAAACUGCUGGGGCUUCUCCUUUUGGGAAUUUCAGCAUGGUUCUAUCAGUUGAUUCAACCUCCUCCUCCGAAGAUAUGUGGCUCCCCUGGUGGCCCUCCCAUUACAGCACCAAGAAUAAAGCUCAGAGAUGGAAGGCAUUUAGCUUACAAAGAGCAUGGUGUGCCAAAAGACAAAGCCAAGUACAAAAUUGUCUCAGUCCAUGGCUUUGAUUCUUGCAGACAUGACACUGCAGCUGCCCGAGCCCUUUCUCCGGAACUUUUUGAAGGCUUGGGAAUCUACAUUGUGUCUUUUGAUAGACCUGGUUAUGGAGAGAGUGAUCCCAACCCGAAGAGGACGGUGAAGAGUGCGGCUAUGGACAUAGAAGAACUUGUAGACCAAUUGGCACUUGGAACCAAAUUCUAUGUUAUUGGAGGUUCCAUGGGUGGGCUAAUAGUUUGGAGCUGUCUGAAGUACAUACCAAACAGGCUGGCGGGGGCAGUACUAAUAGCUCCAGUUAUCAACUAUUGGUGGUCAGGUCUUCCUGCAAAUUUAUCUAACGAGGCUUUCAAAUGGAAACCAUUGCAAGACCAGUGGGCUCUAAGUGUUGCUCACUAUACUCCUUGGCUUACAUACUGGUGGAACACACAGAAAUGGUUUCCUGCUUCAAGUAUUAUCGCUCACAAUCCUGACGUUCUUUCGCCUGCCGACAAAAAUCUCAUUCCUAAGCUCUCAUUUAGACAUGAGUAUACGGCUCAGAUUAGACAACAAGGUGAAUAUGAAUCCCUCCAUCAGGAUCUAAAUGUUGGAUUCAGCAGCUGGGAGUUCAGUCCUCUGGACCUAAAAAAUCCAUUCCCUCACAAUAACGGGUCGAUCCACAUAUGGCAGGGAGACGACGAUAGGGUCGUGUCUCCUAAACUGCAACGUUACAUUGCUGAAAAGCUCCCAUGGAUUCGCUACCACGAGGUAUCAGGUGCUGGACACUUGUUCUCUUAUGCUGAUAAUGUUUAUGAUUCUGUGAUCACUGCUCUUUUACUUGAAGAGAAAUGAACCUAUAUGAGCAUUCUUUCUGAUCUUCUGGGAUUUAUGUGGUGUUUUUUUUCUUGUUGGUAUUGUUUUUUUGGUAAAUGCUUUCAGUUUGAUAUGCUGUUGUUUGAGAAUCCCAUUUCUGCUUUAUAUCAUCUUCACUCAAAGUGUUAACUUGGAGUCGAUGGUUUGUUCACCCUUGAACUUGCAUUGUAAUGGCAGCUCAUGAGCACCAAUGAAUGGCUUUGGCCUCCAUUUUUUGUUGA